AUGGGAGCCACCCCAAACUCCGUAGAUGGAGGGGGCGAUGACAUGGCAGAGGCAAGCAUGCAGAUCACGGCUGACCAGAGAGGAGGAGAGGUUGAGACGGAGAAUGGGGCGAUGCGUGGAAUUGGAGAGGAUCCAGCAGGGAUGUCCCCGGGGUGGAGUUUUCGGGAGGCGAGCCAGCAAGCCAUCAGGAGAGCCCCGACGAUUCAGGCAGAGGCAAGCAUGCAGAUCACGGCUGACCAGAGAGGAGGAGAGGUUGAGACGGAGAAUGGGGCGAUGCGUGGAAUUGGAGAGGAUCCAGCAGGAAGCAGACUCUUAGAAGUAGUCAAUGAACUCUGCGGCGGCUGCAACAUGGCCUCCAUCAGAGAAGUGUCCAGCAUUGCCGAAGAUCUGCUCUGUUCUGUCUGCCUCUCCAUCUUCCAGGAGCCCCGCAUGCUGGGCUGCGGCCACAAUUUCUGCCUGGCUUGUUUGGAGAGCUGCGUCAUCCCCAAGGGCCAGCAUCAGGGGACGUGCCCUCAGUGCCGAUGCCCCUUCCGUCUUCAAGAUGCCCUGUGUAACAGAGUCCUGGCCAGCCUGGCGGAGAAGGCCCGGCUCCUCAAGCUGGAGGAGGGGGCGCAGUCCGAUGGGGCUGGGAGCUGGUAUUUUUGUGAGGAACACGAAGAACCUCUUAAGCUCUUCUGCAGCGAGGAUGAGGCGCCAGUUUGUGUGAUCUGCCGGGAUCUGCCGCAACAUCAGGGUCAUCGCUUUUUGCCUAUCAAGAAUGCGGUGAAGGUUUGUCAGGAUAAACUGAAGGCAUCUCUUGAGUCCUUGGAGGAUGGCAUGAAAUGGGCCACAAAUAAUAAGUCUCGCCAGCAGGAGGCGAUAGAAGAGCUGGAGAGCUUAAGUCAGCAUCUGUAUGGCCACAUCUUCAUUGAGUUUGAGAGUCUUCGCCAGAUCCUAGAUGCUAGAGAGCAGAGCAUGAUGGGCACUGUGAAACAGCUGAAGGAGGACAACCAAGCCAAAAUGGAAGAGAGGCUGGAGUAUUUAAAAUCGUACACGUCCUCUCACGCCGAGACCAUCUCCGUGACCCAAGCGGCGCUUGAGGAAUCGAAUGAAUUUGCUUUGCUGAAGGGAAUCAAGGAACUGAUGCGACGAAUCCAGGAGCGUCUAGAAGAAGGAAAUGGAGAAGCAGAACCUGACCAGGGAGCCAAGGAAACCGAGGAGGAAGAUGCCAAAGAUGCGACAGUUGGUCUAAAUGUUUCUGAAGGAAAAGGGAAUGAAACCCAAAAUGAUGAAGGGGAACCUUAUGCUGAAGGUCAGGAAGCUGAGGACAGAGACAUUGUCUAUGUGGAUCCUGCUCUUGAGGGGCUGGAAGCGUGGCUAGAUUUUGAGACCUGGAAAGAAAUGUUGGAAAGCAUCACAAUUGGGGAGAACGACAACCAAGCCUCACCCUACUGGUUCCCAUCACCGGAGGAAGACGUAUUCCAACCUGGGGAUGGCAGUACUUCUGAGGCAACUGAGGAAGAAACAACAUCCCUAGAAGAAGACGCAAUCUGCGCUGUAGAUGUUGUCACUUCAAAACCAGAUGAAGCUGCCUCUGACAAACCUUCGCUAGGCAGCUGCUCUGCCACAGCUCUGCCCAUAGAGAGAGUCCUCCAUAGCCAACCACCCAGCCCCUGCCCACCUAAUUACUUCCCGGUGCCUAUCUUCCAACAGAUACCACUUUACAAUCCAGUGCAAAGAUGGGGGUCCCCGUGUAGCUGGAGGCCUAACCCCAGAAGGGGCUGGACCAUGAUGCCAGGCAGGGGAGCCCCAUCUAGGCCCUUGUUUUGGCCCAGACAAGGACAAGGCAGAGCAUUUCCAAAUACACGGACACAACACACUGUGUGCAGUUGGAGAUCACCCGGGACAGACACAUGGAAAGCUAGAGGGGCAAGUGCCUCAGGGCCAGGUAGGGGCUGGUUCAAGAAGCAGAACCCUCAACCCAGUGGGAGUAACACCUCAAGUCAGAGUGGUGGGGGGAAAACACAGUCACCCACGCCCAGGGGAGCUCACGUUUCAGGGCAAGGCCGAGGAGGUCCAGGGCAAGGUCGGGGGUCUGCACACCCACCAGGCCGAGGAGGUCCAGGGCAAGGUCGAGGGUCUGCACACCCACCGGGGCAUGGAGGUUCCGGGCAAGGUCGAGGGUCUGGUCAGAAAGGACCAACCCACCACAGUGGAGGACACGCUUCCUCAAGCAAGGGGGCGUCAAAUAGGCAGACAUCUCAUCAUGGAGGGCGUGGUUGUGGUUCAGCAAGAGGUUCUCAGAGAAAGUAGUCCCUUCCCCACUCAUUUCCCUCAGCAGUGGCUGCAUCUAAGAGACAU